GAAAGAAUUGAAUUUGUCAAGGAAUUUCUCAAGGUAACAGUUGGUGGUUUGCUUGAAUUUGUUUUUUCUUCGCUCGUUUGGUUCUCGUUUUGUUUGUUCGUUUUUCUUUACAUUCAAAGUACCACUGUUGACUACCAUUGCAGCUAUGCGUUAACAAUGUAUGUUACAGUGCACAUAUCUGACUGUUUUGUUCAUCUUGAUAAACAGACUCUGAUUGACAAGUUUGGCUGUAACGUUAAAGCAAGAGUUGGAAAGAUAAACAAAGCCUCAGAUGUAAGUGAACAUGAACAUUAAUUUUUUUUUUCCGUUUACUUAUCUUAACGUGUUUGAGACUUGGGAUACGACAAAGGAUUGCAAACCCUUUAAAAGCCAGUUUGAGAGAAUUGCCUGAAAAAUUUACCACAGUAUGUGUUUGGUCCAGAAGUCUUGUGCCAUCUUCCCACACGAACAGGUGCCGUGCAUAACGGGCGAUGUGGUCCCCUCCCAUUUUUUCUGUACUUGCGAUUGGUCACAUGUAUAUUUAAGUCGCGUUCUCAUCGGAUCCUUGUGUUAUUUUCUGUUGUUAUGAUUUAAAGCUGUUGUCACUCUGGUUCUUUUCCCACAACACUCAUUUGAAACGCCUUCUGUCACUAUUCGCUGUUUUUUGUAGGCACACUUGAGGGAUCCUGAAACAUUUGGUUUGAAAAAAGACCAAGGUAAACAAGUGGAGUCGGAAAGAAAGCCUAGCUCGUGGAGCGAUGAUGACAGUAACACUGUUAUGGACCAUGACGAUGAUAACAGUGUUGAUUUCAGUGAUGAUAUUGAUGUCGAUGAAAGUGACAUUGAUGGAAGUCAUUUUCCUUCGGAUGGUGAAAAAGACAUCAAUCCUAACGGUAUAUUAUAUAACGAUUUGGCCAUUCCAAAUUUGUUUCAAUAAGUCUAUCAACAGAUUUUCAUGAUUUAUGUAAGAAAUAAAUGUUUUGAACACAGAUGAACACUUUCUGUUUCUUUCAAAGCUGUCAGAGGUGAAAGAGAUCACAUCUCCUACAUACGUGUUUAAUUUUUGCAGCGUCUAAAGAACCCAUUAACGAAUAUGUUUAUAUGUUUUAUGCAAGAUAUUUCAUUUUGCAUAUGUCUCAUAUGCCCAAAAUUUAACCGCCGAAUAUUACCAACCAAUCCUCUUUUUUCUACAAUCUGUUUUUUUCUUUAUUUGAUUUCAUUGAUUCAUAGUUUUAUUUUUCUGUUCUACAGAAAAAGACUCUGCAGAAGAUUAUGGUGUAACAGGUUGGUAAUCACCAAAUAAACAUUUAUUUUAUUGAACUACCUCAAACUCAAAUCACUUCAACGAGAAUCAACGUUGAUUUAUAUUUUAGGCUUUUUUGUGCGAUAUGCAAAGUUACUUUCAUCUUAAGUGAAAUUACAAAAUAUCAGUUGUUUAAUAAGGAAAAAGUGUAGGAUGGGAAGGGGUAAACUAAAAUGAAAACAGAAUGGGCGGAGAACAAGAUUUGAAAGGUUGUGGUGAUUUUAGAGAAGUAGAAACUGCAACUCGCCUCUUGAAGUAAAUAAUCACCGAGAAAUGAGCUAAGUUAAUCUCUCUGUUUUCAGGACUCUUCUCCUGCCUUCACUUUCUCGUUUAUGAAAGCUGGAAUUUCUAUUCAUUUCUGGAGUUAAUUCUUGGAUAUGUGAAAGGAGACCAGUCGCUUAUCAACUCCUUUGACUGUCAUGGGCGCACGCCUCUUCAUUUAGCAGUGAAGUGGGGAAAUACAGGAGCUGCUAAACUAAUGGUAUACUUUUGAAUGUAACACAUGAUUUAUCCGCCUCUUUCUCCCCCUCUCGUCCGUCUAGCGUCCCUCUGGUAACUGGUUCACAAAUUAAAUAUCUGCUGUGCUCUGUAAAUUACGACGAGCUCCAGUACCCACGACAUCAAAGAUACAUUUUGAGGCGGGGAACUAGCCUACCUCUUUACGUUUCACUGUGUGUAACAAUUUAACAUGGUGAUAUGCUAAUGGGUCAUACUGUAUAGUUUUCGCUCCGGAGUGUCUCAUGGAUGACACAGAAACACCCAUACACCUUCCAUCUCUCACACUUUCUCGUGCGUAUAGAUCGAAAACAACGAUCCUAAGGCGUCUCGUCUCCUUAUCAAAGUCUUUACACUUGGUCUCGUAUGAAAUAUAGGUUAUGGGCAUCUUGGAAAUGACCUUUAACAAUUUGCCGACGUGAGAAGAUUGCCCUGUUGGUGAUGAUAUUUUUCUAACUUUAAUCCAGAUUGAGUAUGGUGCUGAUGUAAACAUAAAAUCGCUGAAUGUAAAAGAAGAUGGACUUUCGACGUCUUUGGUUCUGGCUGCAAGGUAAAGACAAUGGUGAUCUUUUAUGUAUGUCACAAAUCGGUCUUGGCGUAGAAAUUCCUUUCUUCCUAUUACCCCUAUUAUGAAUAAGAAGAAGGAAACCUCACACAUUUAUCCAUAAAAACGAUUUGUUUUGAAGCAUCCGAAAUAAUCAUGAAAUGAAUCAUGAAGUAUUGGUUUGUGUGAUAUGUGAUAACACUUCUGUUUUUUUUUAGGCCAGCAAACGUUUCUCUCGUCAUCCUUCAAGCCUUGUUAGAUGCUAAAGCAGAUCCAAAUGUUGCUGAUGACACUGGACGUACUGCUUUGUCAUGGGCAGUCACCAACCAACCUGGUAAGUACGUCUGUUUCUACUUAUUUUAAUCAGGUAAUCAAUCGAUCGAUUUAUCAUUUAACAAAUCAAUCAGUCCAUCCAUCAAUCAACCUAUCAAUCAACUUAUAAACUAACAGUCGAUCGAUUUAUCUGAAUUUAUCUAAAUUACGAGACCAUUUAAGAAUUGUCAGACAUAUUAAAUCCCUCUUAAAAAAAGUGUAAUUGUUAAUAAUUGUCUUGCUGUUCCAUCCGGAUUUUCGUCACAGACACCAACUCUACGCCUCUAAAGCUUUGCAGAGCAUUGCUUGAAGCUGACGCUGAAGUGAACACCGCAGACACUAAGAAGCGCUCUCCUCUUCAUUACUCUGUCAACUGCACCACUGGAGGCUUUGAGACACUCACGGAGGUGGAGGACUUGCUGAUCAAGUACGGAGCCAACACGGUGGCGCUGGAUUUACACGAAAGGAUUCCUCUUCAUUAUGGGUUUGUGAAAAUGGGCAACAGGUGAGCUGACUAGAGAAUGAAGGGUUGUAAGCUUGUUCCAACCUACAAUGGAGGUUAAAUGUCUUGGGACAAUUAACGCGAUACUACUAAAUUUUUAAUAAAUUAUACUUCUCCCCAAACAAUGUUGAAUUUUGUGCGCUUUGUAAACUUUACCAAGACGUGGUGAUUGUUUUGUUUUAUUUGUAAACUUUAUCAAGACCCACGGCUACGUAGACUCUUUUUGUUUUAUAUGACAAAAAAGCAAAAUGCUGUGAACGGUGAUGUCAUCUAUGUGUCAGUCCUCCAAUAGUUCAAUAUUCUUCGAAUUCCAAAACCAAACUUUUCAUGGUCACUAAAUGGCGUGCCAUGGGUAAUGUCCUUUGUUAGCUAUUGAAGUGCACCUUCUUUAACCAAACAUUAAAACAGUGUAAUUUAGUAUUAUCAACCGAGUCGAUAACGUAAAUUGGCCGCCGUAAAGGAUUUCGUUUCGACGUUACGAGCGUUAGCCCUUCGUUUUUUCGCUCUGAUGAAGGGCGAACGCUUGAAACGUCAGUUUUUAAACUCUUUACGGUGGCCAAUUUACGUUAUCAACUCAGUUGAUAACACCAAUUACCCUUUUGAGCAUGAAACCGUUCUGUAUGAAUGUAUUGAAUUUUUCUCUUUUUUUCUUCGGUUUUCACAGGCACACUGAUUAUAGUAUGUCCGAUCCAAUAUCUAUCGUGAGCCUGCUGUGUGAGGCAAUGGCUGAACAGGGAAAGGAUGUUAAGGCGCAAGUGAAUCAUCGCGAUAAGUUUGGGCAGACUCCGCUACACAGGGCAGCACUCAGAGGUGCAACGAUUUGCGCAUUAAAUCUACUUCAGGUAAAACAUCCCCUUGAAAUUUGUAAGCACUACAAUCAAGUUUUUCCGAAAAAAAAAUUAUGUUGGGGAGGCGGCAUUUGGAGAGAAGAAGGCCUUUUUUUGGGGGGUUUACACAUUGUAAACCUUUAGAAUCUAACACCGAAGUAUCGCUUUGACAUUAAUCUAUAAAAACUAGAUUCGGAGACAAAUUCUUGAAUAAGUGUUCAAAGUUUUGUGUUUUUCUUUUUUUUAUGCAAAAAUUACACAACAUAAUUUAAGGCUAACGCCAUAAUUUUUAGAUUCGUUUUUCUUCGACCUGCAAACUUACCUCUAGUGCUAGAGAAACUACAUAUUAUUAGUUUAGUCGGAUUGAAAUAUAACAAAAUUCGAAUAGUACACAAAAAAAGAUUAAGUAUGAUUGCGAAUGGAGGAGAAUGACGCGGAGAGCAGAGAAAUUUGUCCAAAAUACAUAAAGCCUGUUAUAGCUCCUUAUAGGAAAGAAUUUUGUUGUCUUUGUUUUUUCGCUCAAUUUUCACCGACCAGUUCACCCUCUCAAUCUGUUUGCGCUCGACCGGCUGACCGAGAAAAAUAAAGAAAAGCUGGAGACUCUUUUUGAUUGUUAACACAGAUCUAAUUUUUCUUGAACAAUGUAACAGGAUUGGUUGUCCUUGAUCAUCGAUUACACAAAUUAACGUUUGCCGUUUGGUUUUUCGUAGAAAGGAGCAUCUCUGGAGAUAAAAGACAACGACGGCAACACUGCUUUGUCGCUGGCUCUGCGCGAGAGUCAUGAUGGGUAAUAUGACUACUUCACUUCCUUAGUACUCGAUUGUUAUGUGUAAAAGUUCAACGUGAAUCCUAUGGGAUGUUGUGUUUUGGUCUUUUUCUGGUGAGCGGGGAAUGCGGAAGACUUAUGAAACAGUCAAGUUCGGUGCGACUUUGUUUUAGUGUUGUACUGAAUGUGGUAGGUGCGUCUUGAUCUUGAUUAUGUGAAUGUAGCUGCUUAAACAAGUGAAGUUAUGUCAUUCAGAUCUCCUCCUUAGUGCUGUAAAUAGGCCCACUUAUAUGUGUUUUCAUUGACAGCUUGAUGAAAAGGGGGGAUGGGGGGUUGGUGCUAGAUGGUAAGGUAUAGGAACUUAUGAGUAGAGAGGGUAAGCCUUUUAUUCUCGAUUGAACACCGGACUCUGAUUAAUGGCCGACAUCGAAAAAACACAAGGGUCAAAACUGCAAAACUCGGGUGAAAAAUGCCGGUUAUGUAUCGAGAGAUUAGAAUUGUAAGGGAAGAGAUUUUCGGAGGCAUAAGAUGAGAGAUAAAGAGCAGUGUAGGGGGUUGAUGGGGAAUGUGAUACAGGAAAGGUCCUACCAUUUUGAGCAAGUGCCUUUUAAUUAUAACCGCUUUAAGCCUAGGACGGUUUGUUUUGAAGGAAAACAACACUGCUGUACUGUACUUUGUAUUUAUCAGUAAUUUUAAUUAAAUGUCAUUACUUAACGGCAUGAAAGCUCAUUCACUCAGGAUCCCUCUUUUCUCUUUUAGCUGUGCCAUGAUGUUUAUGCAGAGUAACGCACCAGCAUCCUGUUCUGUUAUAAAGCCUCUUACUCCUCAGGACUGGAUAGACUAUGAAAAAGAGUGAGUCUUAUCCAGUGAAGUCGCAGUACAACGUUAGACGAUUCAAACAGAGCAAUAGCUAAUGCGGAGAAAACUACUUGAUACAUUCAUCCACUGAAAUCCACGCCGUUUACCUUUCGCUGCUACUAUUACAGAUCUGCUUUCCAAUGCGAGUUAAUGUUCUGACUACAAGGGGUAUUCUGCGCGAUGAUGUGGGUGCUCUAACGGGAUGAUCGUUGGACAUAAUUCACCUAACUUUGAGAGCCAAAAGAAGACUUCCCUUUUUAAGUCGUUUUUUUUUUUUUUAUUCUCAGGAAGGAAAAGUGUAAGUGGGUAUGGGAAAAUGUUGUUGACUUGAAGGAACCCAAACCUGACAUAAGGACAGCUUUCCGUGUUGUGGUUGACAACAACUGGCAAGGAAUCGCUUACUUGAUGCUUGAAGUGGCUGGUCUGGACUUUGUGGAAGCUAUACAGGUAAUGACGCGGAUUAAUAAAUCAUUACAGAGAAAAAUAAAGUUAUUGAGCAAAAAACGUAAACUUUUAAAGGUGGAGAAAAAAAUUUGGAGAUCCCAUGGGAAGUAGUCUCCAUUCGCCGCAAAAUUGUCUUUUUCGAGAGGCUACCGAGCAUAGUUUCACUCCAUAGUGGUAAUUGUGCUUAGUGUGCUUCAAAUAUUUUCUGCAGUGCGCUGGAGAAAACGCAUACAAACAGCUUUCUGUCUAGAGCGUUUACCACCUGGGAUGUGAAUUCUGGGUGCUCUUUAAUGCGACUUUGUCGUUGAGCCAUUUUAAGUAUUGCUUUUCACAAACUCAGUUUUGAUUAUUGAACAAAUUUAGCUCCCGAUUCAAGCGUGUUUGGGUUUUCUUUUCAGGCAACGCUGGAAUCCAACAAGCUGGACCUUGCGUGGACACUGCUCAGAAAACAGAGAAAAGAUGCGUCUCUACAGAAACUUGACAAGAAGGACCGCAACCUUCUGCAUUUGUUAGCUAUUCAUUCUGCAAAACUGUGGACACAGGUGGUGGAAGAGGUAUGUAGACAAAAUUGUACACGUCGCCUGAAUUGUCAAGAACAUCUUUAUUACUGCACUUGACGUUUAGUUUUAGAUAGAAAAUUCAGGUAAUUUGAUUUUCUUAUCCCUGCAUCCCGCCUUCUUCACGACCCAUAAGGCUGCAGUCUGAGAACAUGGUAGUCGUUUUAUAACUGUAUUGUAAAUAAGUGUCGUAAAAAACUACUUUUUCUUCAUACAAGGAGGGGAGGUUCAGUACUACGCCCCCCAACCCCCCCCCCCUUUACUUUGCCCUUUCCCUUUGAAGCUUGAGGCAUGUCGCAUGGCAAAUUUCUCGUAAACACUUCCGGUCGAUGUACUUGAUAUUUAUCGAAUUUUAAUCUUAUAACUCUAAUGACUGAGAGCAGCUACUUACAGUAAGUGUCCUGUUUUCCUCCAGAUGACCAAUUAUCUUGUUCGAAGGGGAGUCCCUGCUGAUGCUGUUGAUUCGCAAGGCGCGACACCUUUGCAUUACGCGGCAUGUAAUCACAACUUGGCCUUCUGCAGGUUUUUGUGGGGUAUGGUUGCUUUGUGUUUUUUUGUAUAUUUCUUGUGUUAUUUGCAAGAAAAACAGUGCAGCAUCCGUAGAUGUUAAAUUUCAUGAAAGAAACUUAUGAAAUAGAAUUUAAAGUCAUUUGCUACAAGUGCAAGAGAAAAAGCUAAGCUUCGCGAGUGUUUUGAAUUCCCGUUGACUAUGAUAAUAAUAGACGUUAUUUGAUGAUGAACGUUACCUGUAGGAAACAAGUCGAAUCCUUGAUAAGUGUGUUCUUUCAAACCUAUCAGCACUGUAUGUUUUACCCAAGUUCUGUCUUGAUAACGAAUCUUUCGAUAUCGCAAUUACCAAUUUUCUUCUCUUACUUUUCUGACUUAACCGCAUGCAAUACAGCCAGCUUAAUUUGGCUACUUUUAUUUCGACAAUCUACCUUUGUCAGCCCGUUGCACGGAGAUGUAAGCAUCUGACACUGUUCAUAAUUUGUAGCCUGUGUUGAUCAAUGUAACCAUGUAACAUUUACCUUUCAAAUGGUUCCUUAAACUCCGUUUCAAAUUAAAAAACUUCUGCAAAUUUUGUAUUGAUAACGGUUUUCGUUGUUGCCUUAAUGUACUUUAGAACAUUCUCCUUCUUCUGUGGACGUAGCCGACAAUGAUGGUGUGACUCCAUUUGCCGCCGUGUUCUCCAAAACAGACACUGGAAUCAUAACACUUGUUGAGUAAGUCCUUACGGAAUGUCAGUGUUAACCUAAACAUCAUGACAAACUAAGAGAAAGUACAUUCACUUGGAAAAGAGCCAAACGAAGAAGAAGUACUUGUAACUAUGCAUGAUCAUGAUUUUAUAGACAUUUUUGUGAAUUAUAUUCUCUUUGCAAGGUUCUUUGUGAGCCCAUCAACGUGUAAUGUGAAGAAUUUGGAUGUGUGUUACAAAGUCAGGGAUAACAAUGAAGGAGACAGCGGCGACACCACAACUCCUUUGAUAGAGGCUGCAGUGUCACUCAGUGAGAAAGUUGUUGUUGAUCUGCUGAGACAUGGAGCUUCCGUCAAUUUUCCCAAGGUAACUUCCUUCAUGUUUCGUACCUUUUCCUUAAAACAAAUGCAGAACAAUGCGAGCAACUGUGGCCACCGACUUUUCGUGUGUUGAAAAAUAAGUGAAAAAGACACUAUCGUGUAGAAAACGGUGUAGGGUUUAACGAACUUCGUCAGAGCUCGUCUACUGUUCUACGGGUAUGCCACGUAUAUUUCGAGCGAAAUAUGGUGACCUUGUCUUAGAAUUUGCGAGCCAGCCUGGUCAAGACGCGCGUAAUUCGAACUAUCACUAACUAUCAUUCGCCAUUUUGAGAACGACAGUUCGUUGUUGUCUGAACAUCAAUUCAAAUAACUCUCGUAGAAAUUUCUUUAUUCGGAAACGAAAGUUCUAUAGGUCUUCGUGCACAGCAAUCAUUCCCCUGGAAUAAAAUUCAUUUCUUUUUCCAAACUUUAACUUUACUGAUCGCGCGUCAAAGCCUUGCAGCACAGAUGAAAGCGAGAAAUGAUGUCAUGAGAGGUCGUCUAGGUUUUAGAAAGCGUUAUUCUUUCUUUUUUUGGAUAAGAAGCAGUUUCGCGUUUAAAGUUAAUUGACUGACGACACUAAUUCACGGCAUUGUUUCUAUUUCAGCACAAUGGUCGCACAGCAGUCAUGGAAGCUGUACGUAACAACACGGUUGACAUGGUGAAAGUACUGAUGUUUGGCACAGAUGACAGGACCAUUUGGGCGACAAAAGAGACAACUGAUGUUGAUCUCGCGUUACAAGAUGAAGACGGGAAGUCUGUUAUACAUCAUUGUGUCAACAACAGAAAGGUAAUGCAGAUCUUGUGACUAACUUAGUUCUGUUUGGCAGCCUUACUGCCUGCUUGCUUCCUCCCUUUGUUCUCCGUCCAUUCGUCUGGCUGCCUGCUUGCUUGCCUUUAUGUCCCUCUGCCUGUUUGCCUGUAUGUCUGUCUGCCUGCUUGCCUGUAUGUCUGUCUGUCUGCUUGCCUAUAUGUCUGUCUGCAUGCGUGCCUGCAUGUCUGCCUGCCUGCUUCUAUGUCUACCUGCUUUCCUGUAUGCCUGCCUCCUUGCUUGCCUGUAUGUCUGCCUGCCUGCUUGCCUGUAUGUCUGCCUGCUUGCCUGUAUGUCUGCCUGCCUGUAUGCCUGCCUGCCUGCCUGCCUGCCUGCUUGCCUGUCUGUCUGCCUGCCUAUGUCUGCCUGCCUGCCUGCCUGUAUGUCUGCCUGCCUGCCUGCCUGUAUGUCUGCCUGCCUGCCUGCUUGCCUGUAUGUCUGCCUGCCUGCUUGCCUGUAUGUCUGCCUGCCUACUUGCCUGUAUUUCUGCCUGCCUACUUGCCUAUGUCUUGCCUGUAUGUCUGCCUGCCUGCUUGCCUGUCUGUCUGCCUGCUUUCCUGUAUGUCUGCCUGCCUUCUUGCCUGUAUGUCUGCUUGCCUGCUUGCCUGUAUGUCUGCCUACGUCCUUGCCUGUAUGUGUGUCUGCUCGCCUGCCUGCCUGUAUGUCUGCCUCCCUGCUUGUCUGUAAGUCUUUCUACCCGUAUGUCUGUCUGUCGGUCGGUCUGUCUGUGUCUUAUCCAUCUGUCUGUCUGUUUAUCUGUCUUUGUUUGACUUUUUCUUUAGAAUAGAAUGUUCAAGAGGAAAAUUGUUUUGGUAACUUUGUGUCUGUAAGGCAAGCUGGAGUGACAAGAAUGGGUUAGUCAAAAAUUACUUUUAACUAUUAACUUGCGACUUUUCUAUUUAUUGGUAGUAUGGAUCGGCAGAAAAUGUUGAUUUACUAAGAUUUCUGGCCGGCUUUGACGCACCACUUGCACUUAGAGACUCUGAGGGUCAUACACCUUUGUACUACGCUAAACGACAGGGGUCUGGAGUCAUGAGAAAAGUAUUGGAAGAACUUCUUCGAGAAGAGGAGGCUCGUAAGGUGAGUAUUCACCCUUUUUUGUGUGGUAAAAAUUGCUUAUUUAGUCGCCCUCCUCUCAAUAACGCUGGUAAGAUCAAAGAAGCUUAGGGUGAGCAAAAACACACCCUCCCUAUCCUGGCUAGCCCUGAAUCAAACUUGACGGUUAGCGAGCGAACCACGAGCGCCCUAGUAAAAUGCUGUAACACAAGCUUUCUUAAACAACGAAUUUUAUUCCGUAAGCACUAGAUCUGUCUGUAACUUUCUAGCAGGCAAAAAACGUGUAAAUCUUUAAGGUAACCCCUCAGUUCGGGAAAAGUCAUGAUAUGUCGAAGGAACCGAGGAGGGAACAAGUCGUCGCUAACAGGGUAAAAAAGGGACCUACAGAAAAUUGUAUGCCGAGUAACUGCCAAAGAGGGGAAGUCGUAAGAAUAUUACGGAGCCUUAGGGUUGGUAAAUUUUAUAAUAGCAAAACAAAACCCACCCCCCCCUUAUGAUAUCUACUGAAUGGUCCCUUACACCUUACAUUUGAACAGGACACAGAGGAGCCAAUGGAAGUUGACUCGGGAUUUACUUUUGUCACGUCCAGCGAUGAUUUGUGGGAAGGUCCAACACCGAACCCGAAAGCUGAUGCAGAAAACAUGCUCCAAGAAGCCAAAAGACAAGAAAAGCCUGCUGAUGAUGACGACGACGAUGAAGUUGGUGUAGACCCAGCUUUCAGAAUGGAGGGCGCAGGGUAAGUAAUUUUUGAUGAAUUUUUAAAACCUCUUUAAGAGUCAUGGCGAAAUUAUAACAGUUUGUAUGGGAAUAUUUACGUAUUUUUUCUCAAUAACAAUACCCCACCUUACUUCCACAGUGCAUCGCUUGUUCUCUGACCGCUUACUUUGUUGAAAAGAACCCAUUUUAAGCGGUCAGAUAACGAGCGAUGCACUGCGGAAGUAAGGUGAGGUAAUUUUAUUGAAUUCGACUGUAUUUUUUUAUUCCUAAGAGAGGUCGUAAAUAUUCCCAUACAAACUCUUCUAAUUUCGCCAUAACUCUCAUUUCGCAAGAUGAUCAUCUUACAGCUGGAGCUUGGGCUGCCUGUGGUUGGAUCAACGUCAUACUGGGAUUUAGCUGCAAUGUUACACUUCUGAUUAGCAGAGAGCUCGAAAGUAAACAAAACUUAAGAUUUAGUCAAAAAAAUGUAUAAAAAAGUAAAAGAAUAAUAAAAGAAUUGUCUCUCUGCUAAGGUUAAAUCCUAAUUCUUUAAUCUUCUUCCUCGCGUAGAUUUUUUCAAUACUCGACAACGUCUAGCGCGUAAAGCAUUUCUUGCUUUGAAAACUGUUUUCCUCAUCUUAAAUAGGAAUAAACAAUUCGUAGUUAGUAGUCAAGGCAUACAUAUUUCACAAAGUUACAUUUCCUGAGUGUUUGUUUGUUUGUUUUUCAGGAAAGUUUAUGUCGACCCUGAAACAAAUAUCCCUUACAACAUUCUCAUGUCCAAAGUAGAUGUCAAGUAUGGAAUGUUCGGAUUAAAUAACUUCUACAAGAUGCAGGUCAGAUAACCAUUUUGAUAUUUAUUGGUAGGCAUGGCUGUUUAUUCGCAAGUCUUAGAUCGUGCAUUUUGGCACGAAUGAAAGCUUAUUUCUAUUCCAACUGAGACAAAUUGCAAGAUGCUAGGAAUAAAUAUGAAGAGGUUGAUAUUUAUGAUUCGGUCGCUGCUCACGCUCCGUACGUCAAUACAAUCACUUUAUUGAUUUUCCCAAGUGGGUUUUUCAAAAUCAAUUUACAAAGUAAAAUGUAGGAUCUAUCUAUUUACAAUUUAAAAAUAUUAUUAUUAAUAAAAAUCUAGUUCAAAAGUUAAAAGGUUUAACUAUCAAAACAUCUACAUUUAGAUAUCGAUAAUUAUAUACGCUUUAGGGUGUUAAAAUAUAUUAUCUAGCUGGCCUCUUUUAGUUCACAUUUUGCCUUUUGUUUAAAUUGUGCUGGUGAUUUCGAAUUCCUUGUUUCGGUCGUUAGAGUGUUCCAUGUCUAGAUAGCUCUAAACUCAUAAAAAAAAAAUACAUGCUGAGUGGUAGCUAUCCUACACCUCGGCACUCUAAGCUGGUCUUUCGGUCUAGUUUAGUGUUUAUGAAUGUACGAGUUUUUGACUAGAUUGGAGCUCAGAUAUGUUGAGCUAGCCCGUUGCAACAUUUAUAACAUUGUGACAUCCCGAAGGCUUAGCAACUUUUCAAUAGUAAGCCGCCCAAGUUCUUUAAGGACUGGCGUUAUGUAGUCACACUUUCUAGUGUUUGUCAAAAUGUGUGCUGCAAAGUUUUGCAUUAGCUGCAACUUGUGAAGAUUGUUCUUCGAUGUUCCGGCCCAGACAGUGGAACAGGAAAACAGUUUGCUAAGUACCAAUGAGUUCAAAAUUGUGUGUAGUACUUCUCGAGAGAAAAGCUGUCGUACUCUAUUAAUUUGACAUAGUAUAGAAAACAAAGAGGAGCCAAGUUUAGAUAUAUGAUCAUUAAAUGACAUGUUUGAUUCAAGUAUAAUGGCUAAGUCCUUUACGUGUGGUACAGGGGUAAGUUCUACAAGUGAAGACACGACGUCAUGACAUUAAGCCAAAUAUUUUCCUUUCCGGUGUAGCCGUCUUUCUCAGUCAAUUAGUACACAUUAAUCACGAAAUAUUCAUUUUCGAUUUCAGAUUAUCUACCACAAAGCUAAGGAGUUGUGGGUGUUAUUUAAUCGCUGGGGGCGUGUUGGAGACAAUGGACAACAUCAGAGAACACCGUAUAAUGACGCACGCAUGGCUACGGCCGAGUUUAAAAAGAUUUUCAAGAGCAAGACUGGAAACGAGUGGGAAAACAAAGACGAGUAAGGCGAUUUGUUGAACUUUAAGCCACGAAGGCUUCAAAACAAGAGCUCUAAUGCAAACACACAAACAGCAGUCUAACUUUCUUUACCGCUCGCUCUCUACUCGCCAAGCUCCCGGAUAUACUUGUCCUUAAUACGAUUCCGCCAGCUUUGUAUACUACAGUCCUUAAUUCUCUUCCGUUACAAGUCGUGAGGUUCAGAGAAAAAGUUAUUGGAAGUCAAAAUUAAGUCUUGAACAAAAAAACAACCAUUCUUGUCGUCAACACAAUGGUUAUUCGUUUUUCAGUUGCUGGUCUCUGUAGACAGCAAAUUUUAUUCGCCAAGAUUUCCCUUAAUCCCUUUUUCUCCUCAUUCGAGUGCCAACAGAAGAGCUGAACGAAUGACCAAAAGGAAAACGAAGUGACCUUUUGAAAAGCAGAAACAGAACACUCGCCCUUUGGACCAAAGAAAAAUUUGAUUUUACUUUUUGUGUUGCGCUUUUUCGUUUUCUUGUUUCAAUUUUCAUUUUUUUACCUCCUAUUCUUCAGUCUUCUUUCUCGUUGAAUUUAAGGCAGUGUUUAGCACUGUAAACCACUUGUUUAAUUCAGGCGUGAGAGAAAUGUCAUGGUUUUGUGGCUCUUUCCACAGAUUUCAGAAAAAACCUAAGAAGUAUGCCUUGGUGAUGCCAGAAAAGAAUCCUGAGAACAAACGACAGCAAGUGAGCGAGGUUCUAAAACCACUUGAGCUGACUAAGUGUCCUGCAUCACGCCUGAGUAAAGAGCUACAGUCGUUCAUGAAGAACAUUGUAAGUAGCUGAUAUACUUCUAUUAAAUCACUUCCAAUAGAGAUGUUUCAAAACGUUAAAUAACGUAUGGAUAUUAUGGGCUGCAAUUUUAAACUUUCAGUUAUACUUUUCUUUUCAUUCAGACCGAUGUUGCGUUGCUUAAGUCCUCAAUGGAUUACGGUUCGUUUAGACUCGAUCUCGACUACAUGCCAUUUGGAAGACUCUCCAACGAAACUAUCGAGAAGGCUCGUGAAAUACUUAGAGAAAUUAAGUAAGUAACUAAAGAGCAGAUAUAUAGAUAGCAGUUUUUAUCGAAAGGAUAGAAAGCAAGCAUAAUACUGGCGUUAAGGUGCCUUGACGUUUAAGCGACAAGAGUAGCCAUUGUGUAUUAUCUACCUACAAUAUACUACUUUGUAAACAGAAUGAGAAAGAUAGUAAGUUUUGAGAUUGGUGACGAAACAGAGAAAGAUGUUUUUCGUCUUGUCACGAGCGUGCGGCAAAGAAAGCAUCCGUAGUCUCCGUGAGAAAUCGAACCUCAGACAAGACGAAAAACAUCUCCUCCAAUAUACCACAUUGUUAAGUACACCAGUUAUGAGAUAAAAGUAAAAAAUCUGUGAGGCGAUGUGGUUUGGAGUAAACCAGGGGUUUUAAUGAUUUUUCUUGGACCCGGAAAAGGGUUCGUGGGGCGAAACCCUAACACGAGACCCUGCUCGCAAGCUAAACAGGCAGCGGCAGGAGGACUUAUGGGCAGUGGUAGACCACCCGUAACCGACUUUUAUUAAAACCCCUGAUUACACUUAAAAUUCUCACAACUAACAUCAUGCUAAAUAUACGAAGGAUAGCGAAGAGGAUUCGUUUUAUGGUCUAAAACGUGAAAGUUGUGACGACUUCCGUGCUUCCUCGGCAAGUUAUGUUUAGAACGUGGUUUUCUCUUUUUCUCUUUGCAGAACUAUUGUGGACACCAUUGACAGAUAUAAUCUGGAAGGAACAGAAGAGAAAUUUGAAAAGGUACAAUGUUCUAACCUUAAAUUCUGAAAGUGCUCGCCAUACGUCAAUACUGGAAGGCUGGAUCAUUCAAUUAGAAAAUGGAUAGGCAUUUUGUUUGUUACGUGGUUCCUCUAAGCCUUAGCAUAAACGUAAGCAGAAGGCUAAACAUAAUUUAUUGCUGACUUUCCUCUCUGUUUUCAGGUUGCCGAGCUUAGUAACACAUAUUAUAUGUUGAUGCCAAUGGCAAGGUAUACAUAUGAACGGAUAAAACCGCUGAAUGAAGCUUCAGACAUCGAGACUCACCUGACUGCUCUUUACAAUUUGACUGAACUGGCUCUUGCCAGCAAGAUCUUGCUAGGUGCACAAUAUAAGACUAAAGGUAUGAUGAGGUUUUGCAGGCAAUUUUUGAAAUUACGUUCUUAACCCUUUACACCCUAAAAUUAGUCUGCGUAUUCUCCAUUCUUUAUACAUUUGCUAAGGUGCUGAGAAGGAGAAUUCUUUUAGCAAUAAUGGCUUGGCAACUUCGAAUAUUCAAUUACUCGAUACCAGAGCAACUGAAGAAUUAAUUAUGCCGGUGCUGUUUCCCUCCAAAAAACAGAUGCUAAGUUUUUAGGUUCGUUUCAUAGAAAGACUUCCUAUUUGGAGGGAAAGUUACGAUUUUUGUGCAAAAAUGAAAUGAGUGGAUGGAAAUACUUCGCUUUGUUCUUUCAGAGAUAAAUCCGUUGGAUUACGUGUACAAAUCCCUUGGAUGUCGCAUAGAAUUGUUGGAUCCAACCUCUGAUGAAUGUCAGCUUAUACUGGAGUACAUACAUAACUCACGUAAGUUACAAUAUUAGUUAUGCUUUAUCUUUACCCUUUAGGUGAGUUUGCUUUAAGUUCCUUUACUUUAGGACAAACGGACCGUUAGAACUGAAACAAAAUUUGUUUUUAAUUCAGGUGGUUGUCAAAGCUUUGAAGUUAACGGUAUUUUCAGGGUCUCUCGUUCUGGAGAGGCCGACCGAUUUGAAUCCUGUGGAGUGCCUGGUAACCACCGCCUGCUAUGGCAUGGCACUAAUACAGUCAACAUGAUAGGGAUCCUAAAACAAGGCCUCAGAAUUGCUCCUCCAGAGGCUUCCCGCUCAGGGUGGUCCUUGGGAAAGGUUUGUAAAUGAGGUUCAUUCAAAAACGGUACACUUAAAAAUUGCGUUGCUACGCACGACGAUGUAAAUUCGCUCAGUUUACAGCUGAAUAUGCACUGUGGACUAUCUAGCUGUCUGAAAAUCUCGAAAUGAGUGGCCCCUUAAAAGAAACGCCUUUGAAACGCUUUUGACUUCAAAAACAAUUUCCUUGUAUUUUAAAAUUCAAGUGUAACGGUGUAAUGUGUAGUCUCCAUAUUGUAACGGAAUUACAAAAUAUAAAAAGGGGGUCAGUGCGCUGUUCAGUUAAGUCGUUGACUAGAACCUAAGCAAUAUCAAUCCGAACGAAGGAAGCAUUUCAAGAAAGUGAACUAAAUAGAGACUUUAUAAAGCGCUAGAAAACACGAGUGACCUAGACGCAAUGAAAUCCAGUUUUACAUGCGACUGGUUAAGAGUGGCGCGAGUUUUCCAUACCAGUAAUAGACAAAGUAAUUGAGAACCAAGCAAUACGGAUUACCCAAGUUAGCUGUAAUUUUUUUCAAAAUUAAUGUCGAUCGUGUUACCCUUUGCUGCAGGGAAUCUACACAUCUGACAGCCUGGACAAGAGUAUGGGUUACGUGAGUCGUAGAAGAGAUGGGGCUGCAUUUGUCUUUCUUUGUGAGGUGAGUUUGCCAGACUUCGAAGGGACCGUGCAGAGGGAGAUGAAACGAGGGGAGGGGGGGGGGGGACUUCUCUCCCCUUCCCACCUCACUACUGUGUAGUUAUGGAAACAAAAGAUCGUGACAUUGUUUAGAUAUUAAAUUUUAUUGAAAAGAGCCAUUUUCCUUACAAACCAAAUCUCCCACGGUUUCUUCAGGUUGCCCUUGGUAACGUGAAAAGCGUAGACGAUCGUGAUUAUUACGAGACUGCGCCCGAAGGAUUUGACAGCGUGUUAUUGGCCAGCAGAGAGGUCCCGGAUCCAAGCGAAGAUGUCACCACUCCAUACGGUGCUGUAGUCCCUGCAGGAGUGCGUAUCACGCAGAACAAGGAAAUUUAUAAUAGCCAUAGCGAGUAUGUUGUGUACAAGGAGUCCCAAGUCUUGAUUCGUUACAUAGUGCAACUGAAGACUACACGACGGACUUAUCAGUCAUACAGAUAUCGAUUUUAAAACCAAGAGUAUCUUUUCUGGGAUAAAACCGCAUCGAGCAACAUGACAUAUAUCUAGCGUAAGAGAAGCAAUGGGGUAAUCUUAAAUUACUAAAGGGGGACAACGUUUUUAAGAAACUGUGGUGCUCCCUCGGCGAGGGAUAUUAAAAGGUAAUUAGGCUUUAUCAACUGAAUUGAUACUGUAAAUUGGCUACUGUAAAGAGUUUUUUUUAAAGCUGGCUAAUUUGCUUUCAUCUCUGAAAGUUAUAACUUCAGCCUUUUUGUUCGGUUAAGUGUCAAUUUUAGCUUUUCAUUCUUUGGCGAUAUAUUUACCCCAAUUGUCAAUCGAGUCUGUCAUCUUUCUUCGGUUUUUGAAACCACUGACUAGGCUCGUCCUCUUCCCGAAACAAACUCUAUCUAAAUAUAUUAAUCCUUAAGUUUUAUCAACACAUUAUCCUAAACCAAGUAGUUCUUGUGUCAUUGUGCUGCUUUUUAAAGAACAGUUCAUUGACAAAGGAUUAUUAUACCUUAGAUUUCUCCUCUAAAGUGUCGUAAAUCAGUCAUUCAAAGCAUUCCCUUUUACCUUUCAGUUUCGAAUAUUAGACGUUGAGCCCAUUAAGGAAAGCAGAAUUCAACUCAUAGUUUUUAUGAUUUCACUUUAUGUUUUAAGAUCUUCAGUAAUAACUUUUAGAAUUUAGUUGGUGGUCUUCAAUGAAAAUAGAAUGGUAUAUAAUUUUACAUGAAUCUCAACAAUUGUAGCAAACUUACGAGCUGAGCAAAAUAAGCAUUUGAUCUCCGAGACCCAUAAUGCAGGUGAUCAAAAAUUGAUAUUUAAAAAGAUUUUGAUUGUUCUUCGUGGAAAGCGCAAUAAUUAUUUAGUAUUAUCGAUUGCCUCACGAUGUAGUCACUUUUGGGAUGACACUGUGACACUGUUAGAGAUACAAUCCGACAGUAAGAUUUAUAAUUAGGUACUUAUUUUACCAAGUUAUGUGAGUCAGAAUCUCUUGUUUUUCCUUUUUUGGCUUUAUUGUUAUCAUUAUUUUUUUUUAUAUCUUUAGUGCUCUGUUUUAGCGUAUUUACAAUUGUGUUUCUUA